CUCAGCAUCCCUGUCGGAAUCAGACCCCAGCGAUAGCGAACAUCUGAAAGUAACCCCAUAGGCUACUUAAUGGAAAUCUCGAUCAAAGGGAUGGACCGCGGACGCUGAACCGUUGGAAGACUAAUGGCGGACUCGUCGCUGUUUGUGAGCAUGGCGCCCCCUGUGGACGGGAGGGGGAUGGAGCUGGAUGUGCUGGGGCUCCUGGGCCCCCUGGAGGAGGAGAACAGCACGGCCGAGAGGUGCUACCGCUCCCACUCUCGGAGCUCUGUCCUCCAGGGCCUGCCCUUCGGAGGCGUGCCCACCGUCCUCGCCAUCAACGUGGUCCUCUGGAUGUUCCUGCUGCUGAUCUUCUCCUGUGUGAGGAAGGCUGCGUGGGGCUACGGACGCCUGGCCUUGCUGGUGGAGAACGACAGCCUGACGUCCCUGUUCUACGGAGAGCCGAGCGAGAAGGAGAAGUCUCCUUCAGAGUCCAGCCCCUCCGACUCUGACACCAAGGACCUGGGUUUCUGCUCAUGGCUGACAUCACUCUACCAUAUGAAGGAUGAGGAGAUACGCAGCAAGUGUGGCAUCGACGCCAUCACCUACCUGUCCUUUCAGCGCCACAUCAUCCUGCUCGUGACAGUGGUCUGUCUGACGUCCUUGGCCAUCAUCCUGCCUGUCAACUUUUCCGGGAACCUCCUGGGAGACAGCCCUGAAAACUUUGGGAGAACGACGUUGGCUAAUGUUCCUUCAAAGGACAGCUUCCUAUGGCUCCACAGCACCUUCGCUCUGCUCUACUUCAUCAUCACAGUGCUCUGCAUGGCCCACCACUCCUCACACCUGGAGUACAGGGAGGACGACAAGGUAGCUCGAACCCUGAUGAUCACCUCCAUCCCUAGAGAGAUAGCAGACCCGGGACUCAUCACCAAGCACUUCCAUGAGGCCUACCCCAGCUGCACUGUCACCGACAUCCGCUUUGGUUUCAACGUUCACAAGCUGAUGAGGCUGGACGCAGAGAGACGGAAGGCGAUGAAAGGAAGGCUGUAUUUCACCACCAAGACCCAGAAGGAGGGGAAGAUCAUGAUUAAGACCCACCCCUGUGCCCAGAUCCUCUGCUGUGAUCUGUGUGGCUUCGAGCAGGUGGAUGCGGAGCAGUACUACAGCGAGCUGGAGGAGAAACUGACGGACGAGUUCAACGCGGAGAAGAACCGCAUCUCUCUGAAGAGGCUGGGCGUCGCCUUCGUCACCUUCAGGGACGAGAGGAUGACGGCUGUGAUCGUCAAGGACUACAGUCGGGUCCGUUGCCGUCGGAGACCCCAGCAGUCCAGCAUCACCACGGUGGUCCAGUCCCAGAGCUGGGGGGUUGGCUAUGCUCCCGCCCCCAGUGACAUCAUCUGGGAAAACCUGUCUGUCUGUGGCUCUCGCUGGUGGCUGCGCUGCAUUCUGCUCAACAUACUCCUCUUCCUCCUCCUCUUCUUCCUUACCACCCCUGCCAUCAUCGUCAACACCAUGGACAAGUUCAACGUCACCAGACCAGUGGAGAGUCUUCAGAACCCUCUCAUCACCCAGUUCCUCCCGACCCUGCUGCUGUGGGCCUUCUCUGUCCUGCUGCCCUUCAUCGUUUACUACUCAGCCUUCUUCGAGUCCCACUGGACCAGGUCCAGUGAGAAUCAGACCACGAUGCAUAAGUGCUUCUUGCUGUUGGUGUUCAUGGUGAUCAUCCUUCCUUCGCUGGGUCUAUCCAGCCUGGACCUGUUUUUCAGAUGGCUGUUUGAUGUGAAUUUCCUGGAUGACAAGGACAUUAAAUUCCAGUGUGUGUUCCUCCCUGACAACGGGGCAUUCUUCGUUAACUACGUCAUCACGGCCAGCCUGCUGGGCACCGCCAUGGAGCUGCUGAGAGUCCCAGCCCUGGUGGUGUACGCCCUCCGCCUCUGCUUGGCCAAGUCCCAGGCCGAACGCAUCCACAUCAGACGGAGCCAGGCCUAUGAGUUCCAGUUUGGUCUGGAGUACGCCUGGACCAUGUGCAUCUUUGCUGUCAGCCUGACUUACAGCAUCACUUGCCCCAUUAUCGUGCCCUUUGGGCUGCUGUACCUAAUCCUAAAGCACAUGGUGGACCGCUACAACAUCUACUAUGCCUACGUGCCCACCAAACUGAACCAGCGCAUCCACAGAGCAGCCAUCUGCCAGGUCAUCGUAGCCCCCAUCCUCUCCAUGUUCUGGCUUCUCUUCUUCUCAGUCCUCAGACUAGGCCCGACGAGACCCAUCACCCUGUUCACCUUUGUGUCCCUGCUGUCCUGCAUCACCUUGUCUCUGUUCGGCCUGUGUCUGAGGAAGCAAACAGACAAGUCAACAAGCUACCAGAUGUCGGACAAGCCGGCAGAGGGAGCCUAUCCUGACGCAGAGAGGAACACUGGCUCCUCCUCCACCACCUCUAAUCUCUUCGUGGCGUCGGUGCUGCUGGAGCCAGAGCUGUCCCUGACCCCCAUGCCGUCCCCUGCCCACCAGAGCUACGGCGCCCUGGCCUGCGCCCACGGCCCCGCCCACGAGCCGGCGGGCCAGGACGACCCGGGGGCGCAGGGGGAGACCCUGGAGACCCAGCUCCAGGAUCCCCCACACUCCUACUACCCCAGCCCCCUCAUGGACAGCCCUGUGGGGCACCAGUGACAGGGAACGCAGCCUCCCCGACGCUCUCCACGCUUGCGCCUGGCUUGAGUCAGCUGCCGCUGCGCUAUGUUUUGUCUGAAUCGAUCCCCCAGCUGGUCACGCGCUGGCUGGGGGUGACUGUGUCGUGUGGGGACAUCCUGGUAGCCGUGCGUGUGACACAGGAACAUGGAGGAGUGGAGGGGACUCUCUGGGUUGAAGGGAGGGGGGCUGACCCCAGCGGACAGGCAGGGUG